GUGAGGUGGGGGGCGCAGGCUGGGCUCCCCGCCGGCCGGGCCUCUGUGACGUGGCGUUCCAGGCCGGGUCCCAGCGGGCUCCAGCAUUGCCCGUAGCCGAGCGGCCCGGCGACUGCUGGUGGCAGGCGGUGACGGCGGCGGCAUGAACUACUACCGGCUCCCGGUGGUGAUCGACAACGGCUCAGGCGCGAUCAAGGCGGGCCUGGCCGGAAGCCGGGAGCCCCACUUCGUAUACCCGAACAUUAUUGGCCGCGCCAAGGGCCCGGGCUGGGCCGCUGACGGCGAGCACGAGGUGUACGUGGGCGACACGGCGCAGGCCCGGAGAAGCUCGCUGUCUAUCAGCUACCCGGUGGAGCGGGGUCUCAUCACUUCCUGGGGGGAUAUGGAAGUCGUGUGGAAGCACAUCUACGACUACAACCUGGCGCUUAAGCCGAGUGACAGCCCCGUCCUGAUCACUGAGCCAGCGCUGAACCCCCUGGCCAAUCGGCAGCAGAUCACCGAGGUGUUUUUUGAGCAUCUGGGGGUUCCCGCCUUCUACAUGUCCAUCCAAGCCGUGCUGGCUCUCUUUUCUGCUGGCUUCACUACUGGCCUUGUGCUGAAUUCGGGUGCUGGGGUUACCCAGUGUGUGCCCAUCUUUGAGGGGUACUGUCUGCCUCAUGGUGUCCAGCAACUAGAUCUAGCAGGCCUUGACCUCACCAGCUACCUCAUGGCCCUGCUGAAGAACCGCGGUAUCUUGCUGCUCAGUGCUGCAGACAGAAAGACUGUUGUGGACAUCAAGGAGACCUUUUGCUACGUGGCAAUGAACUAUGAAGAGGAAAUGGCCAAGAAACCUGAACUGAUACAGAAAAUUUACAAACUACCUGAUGGGAAGAUCCUCAGGCUCCAGGACGAGCUCUUUUCUUGCCCAGAGGCCCUCUUCUCUCCACGGCUCAUGAGCCUUGAGGCCCCGGGCAUAGAUAAGAUGUGCCUCCAUAGCAUAAUGAAAUGUGAUACAGAUCUGAGGAAUUCCUUCUUCUCCAACAUUCUCCUUGCUGGGGGAUCAACCUCUUUUCCUAGUUUUGACAGGAGGCUAGUUAAGGAUAUAGCAAAGGUGGCUCCUGCCAACACCCCAGUGCAGGUUACAGCGCCCCCAGAAAGGAAGAUAUCAGCAUGGAUGGGAGGAUCUAUUCUAGCAUCCCUGUCUGCCUUCCAAGACAUGUGGAUCACUGCUGCAGAAUUUAAAGAAGUCGGACCCAACAUAGUACACCAAAGAUGCUUCUGAAGUACAGAUGAACUGGUUAGAAAAAAAUGUUUUGAGUAUAUGUGA